AUGGCGCCCUCAUCUUCCCUCUCCUCCCCGCUUCACCUCCCGCGUUACACGCCGUCGUCGUUAUCCACUUGCCGCCUCGGGCCGGGCACGGUGUACCAACAUUCGCCUUAUUCUACCGGCCGCAUGCAGCCGUCGAAAGGCCUGAAGUCCGUCGCGGUCGCUUCGUCCUAUCAUCAGGACGAAGCAGCAGGGCACGGCGACAACAACAGCAUCGCUGCCACGGGUCUUCUGCAUCAUGUGGACAAUGAGGUUGCGCCGCCCGAGCUGCGGGCAGGCGGCGGCGCUCUUUGGUCAUCACCCAAGGGACGCCCGGCCAGCCCGCCAAGGGAAGACGACGGCAGUGACAAGAUCAAUGGUGCUGCGGCGCCGACGUUUGCGACGCGAGCACGAGGCCCGACGCCGCCGGGUCUGCCGGCGGAAGGAUCCGGCGGCAAUGGCGGGAGCAAACAUUGA